AUGGCCGACAGCUUCAUCCUCACCAUCUCCUGCCCUGACCGGCCCGGCAUUGUGCAUGCCGUGACUGCUUUCCUGGUCCAGCACAACCUCAACAUCGUCGACUCGUCUCAAUUCGGUGACCCGACCUCCAAGCGCUUCUUCCUGCGCAUUCACUUUGCCCUCGGCGAUCCCACUGCUGAAAAGCCCACCGUCGAACAGCUCCGCGAUGCCUUUGCUCCCACCGCCGCCUCGUUCUCCAGCGAUUCCUUCGACAUCGUCCCGGCCACCCAGAAACCCCGCGUGAUGAUCAUGGUCUCCAAGAUCGGCCACUGCCUCAACGACCUCCUCUUCCGUCAAUCCACUGGCCAGCUCGCCAUCGAGAUCCCUCUCAUCGUCUCCAACCACCCCGAGUUCGCUGCCCUCGCCGCGACCUACAACAUCCCCUUCAUCCACCUCCCCGUCACCAAGGAGACCAAGACCGAGCAGGAGACCCGCGUCCUCGAGCUCGUCAGCGAACACAAGAUCGACCUCAUCGUGCUGGCCCGCUACAUGCAGGUCCUCUCCCCCAUGCUCUGCGAGGCCAUGUCCGGCAAGAUCAUCAACAUCCACCACUCCUUCCUGCCCUCCUUCAAGGGCGCAAAGCCCUACCACCAGGCCUACGACCGCGGCGUCAAGAUCAUCGGUGCCACCGCCCACUUUGUCACCAGCGAUCUGGACGAAGGCCCGAUCAUCGAGCAGAACGUCGUCCGCGUCAACCACGGCAUGAGCCCCAAGGAGCUCACCCACGCCGGCAGCAACGUCGAGAGCAACGUGCUGGCUACUGCGGUCAAGUACGUGACGGAGCGGAGAGUGCUGCUGAACGGACACAAGACGGUUGUGUUUAACUAG